AGAGAGACUGUCGUCUAUAACGAAAUACGCCAGCCAAUCAGAGCACGUUAUAUACGAAUUAGACCAGUGGAUUGGAACCAACACAUAUCCAUGAGGAUUGAGAUCUAUGGCUGUCCAGGCUGUGUUGCUCCCCUCGGCAUGGAAAGUAAAUCAAUCUCUGAUGCACAAAUAUCUGCCUCCUCACACCUGGAUGAUGAUCAUGCUCCACAGCAGGCCAGGUUGCACAUUCAAGCAGCAAUGAAUGAUAAAAGUGGGGGUUGGUCUGCCCGCAAGAACGAUCUUUAUCAAUGGCUUCAAGUGGACCUUGGAAGUAAAGCAAUUGUGACGCGUAUAGCAACACAGGGAAUAGAUGGACUGGAUGAGUGGGUGACCAAAUACAGAAUACAAUUUAGCUAUUCUGGGAUUAACUUCCAAUUUUACAAGAAAGCAGAACACAGUUCUGCACAGGUUUUCGACGGAAAUGAAGACAGUUCAACAGUUGUAGUUAACAAACUGACCGACGAAAUCAAAGCGCGUUUCAUACGGUUAUUGCCAAUAGAGUGGUACAAACACAUAUCAAUGAGAAUUGAGAUUUAUGGAUGCCCAGACUGCAUUGCACCUCUUGGUAUGGAAAGGGGAAACAUCACUGACUCCAGGAUAGCUACAUCCUCGAUUUUGAAUGACGAAAGCCGUGCAAGUCAGGCCAGGUUAAAUCAUAAGGCGGAUGGUGGCUUAGGGGGAGGUUGGUCAUCUCGCACGAAUGAUGCUAAACAAUGGCUUCAAGUGGAUCUUGGUAUUUACACAAGAGUGACACGUGUAGCCACUCAAGGAAGGAAUGGGUACGACCAGUGGGUAACCAAGUAUAAGGUGGAGUACAGUGAGGAUGGCCAAAGCUUUCAGCUUUACAAACGAUCAAAUGCCAGCAUAGGAAGGAUUUUUACUGGAAAUCGAAACAGCGAUGCAGUGGUUUACAACAGUAUGAGCCCACCAAUCACAACAAGGUUUAUACGGCUUAUACCAGUGGAGUGGCACAAUCAUAUCUCAAUGAGAAUAGAGAUCUAUGGCUGUCCAGGAUGCGCUACAGCACUUGGUAUGGAGAAUAGAGAAAUACCUGAUGCUAACAUAAGUGUAUCUUCACAACUGGACGGGGACCAUGGCGCGAAGGAGGCAAGGUUAAACUCGAAAGCAGACGGGGACAAGGGAGGGGGAUGGUCAGCCUUGAACAAUAACUUCAAUCAGUGGCUUCAAGUGGAUAUUGGUGGCAACUCUCGAGUAACAGGUGUUGCGACUCAGGGGAUGAAUGGAAAUGACCAGUCGGUGUCCAGAUAACGGAUACAGUAUAGCAGUGACGGAGUGACUUUUGAAUUUUACAAUGCAACGCAAGACAGUUCAGCAAAGGUAUUCGAUGGAAAUCAGAACAGUGAUACGGUUGUAAAAAACAUGCUAAGUCCACCAAUAGCCGCACGUUACAUUCGCCUGGUGCCUG